AUGAAUACCCAAACAACGGAUGCCAAAGAGGAUGUGGCAAACAUUGAGAAUGUGGAUGAAGAUGCCGAAUCUUUUCCCCUUCGUGAGCAGAGACAUCUGAGUCCAGAAGAAAUCAGAAAGGAGCGCCGAUUUUUGUUGAAAAUAGACACCACCAUUCUUCCUUUGCUAGGGAUAGUAUACUUCUUAGCAUCCAUGGACCGUGGCGAUAUCAGUAAUGCUGCGGUUGCAGGAAUGUCGCACGAUUUAGGCCUUUCUGGAAAAGAGCUUUCCAACUGUGUUGUAUUAUUUUAUGUUGGCUACGUUGUUUUCAUGUUGCCUGGAGCUAUUUUUAUACGGAAGAUCACACCGCCACGCCAGCUAGCUCUCGCUCUCAUGAUAUGGGGCACUUUCAAUACUUUGAUCUCGGUUGCCAAGUCAUAUACUGUUGUCACGAUCCUGCGUGUUCUUGUUGGUGCGUCAGAGGCAUUCGUUAAUGCCGCGCCAUUAUACCUCUCGUUCUGGUACAAGCGAGACGAACUAGCAAUUCGGGGGGCAAUCUUCUUUUCCACUUCUGCUAUUGCAGGAAGCUUCAACGGCCUCAUCGCCUUCGGUGUUAUUACAAUUGCAUAUGGCUUUGUAAUUUUAUUCUUGCUUCCACCUGUUCCAGAAAAGAUCAAAUGGGGAUUCAAUCAGGAGCAGAAGCAAAUUGCUAUACGCAGAACAUUGGAAGCUUACAAUGUGGAAGAUGCAGAGAUCCGUCCAAAACAUAUUCUUUUGCUAGUGAAAGACCCCAAGAUCUACUUCUACAUUUUCAUCUACUGCUGCUUGAAUGUCAGCCUGGCAACUUUCAGUACCUUUCUGCCUGUCAUUAUCAAGUCUUUCGGCUACACCACCCUUCAUACUCAAAUUUUGUCAGUCCCCGUAUUUGUAACCGCCGCAGCAUCCGUUCUAUUUUUUGGGUGGGCAUCGGAUCAUUUCAAAAAACGUGGCAUUUUCCUCAUAACGGCAUUCGCACUUUCCGCUGUUGGCUGGCUUCUACUUAUUGUGAGUGAAUCGAGGCAUCUAUCUUUUGCUGCAACUUUCUUGAUUGGAAUUGGCACAUUUCCUUCUGUGGUCAUAACCCAGGCUUGGAUGAACAGUAAUAUCAUUGGGUACACCAGGCGAGCGACUAGUCUGGCGGCUAUCAAUGUAUUUGGCCAAUGUUUUUCUAUCCUUGGUGCAGCACUUUAUAGCGAUCCUCCGCAUUAUUACGUCGGAAAUGGUUUUAGUCUGGGCGCUAUGGUAUUGGGGAUAAUUGCAGCUCUGCUGUGUCAAUUGUACUUGUGGCGAAAGAACUCCCAAAAGCAGAGAGACCAAUUCACCGAGGAGGCCCGACAGACUAGGGCCCUGGGAAUUGAGGAAGUGGGGGAGAAGCAUCCGGAUUUCUUCUACUAUCUAUAG